AUGAGCGGCGGGAGCGUCGGAAGCCAGGCGCUGCGUCGAAUCGGCAGCGGCACGAGCUUCCCGAGCCAUGGCGUCGCGUCGGGAGCAUCCUCCACCGCCGUCGCCGCGUCGUCUUCCGCGAUUUCCGGAUUCCCGUCCGCUCCCUCGCUUACUCCCCCCUCGAUCUCCUCGCGCUCCGCCGUCUACUUCCCCCCGCACCGCACGCAGCUCCCCCCGCGCUACGCCUACGCAUCGUCCGCAUCCGCCGCGUCCGGCCGGCCGCGCAAGGCCCGCGCGAUUCUCUGCUUCAUCCUCCUCGCGACCACCUUCGUCCUCCUCUUCUCCUCCGCGCUUUACGCGCCGUUCGCGCUUUCCCUCUCCUCCUCCCCAUCCUCCUCGUCCGCUCUGUCUGUCUCCAGCGGUCGCGCCUUGGGAACUAUUUCCCGCUCCUACUCCAUAAUAAUCGACGCGGGAAGCACCGGGUCGCGCGUCCACGUGUACUCGUACACGCGGCUCGCGGACCCGUCGGCGCUUCCGCUGGUCGACCCGCACGCGCCGACUCUUAAGAUCCGCCCGGGACUCUCGUCGUUCGCCGCGGACCCGGCCGCAGCGGGCGGGUCGCUUGUGGGACUUAUGGACUUCGCGAAAACCAAGGUCCCCCGCGCGCUGUGGUCCGCCACGCCCGUGCGCCUGAUGGCGACGGCGGGGCUGCGUCGCCUGCCCGCGAGCGGCGCGCGCAGGAUACUGCAGUCGUGCGCGGAGGUGCUGGGGGCGUCGGGAUUCGCGUUCGACCCGGAGGAUGGCGCUACUGUCAUUGCAGGCGUGUGGGAGGGUGUGUACGCGUGGGUGGCGGCGAACUAUGCUAAGGGCACCCUGGGAGGCGAUGCGCGGGACUCCGUGGGGGUCGUGGAGAUGGGGGGGGCGUCCGCACAGGUGAGGGGGGGAGGGGGAAAGGGGGGGGAGGGCAAGGAAGGGGUAAGGGAGGAAUGGGAGGGGUGGGAAGGGCGGAGAGGGAAAGGGGGUGAAGGGGCAAGAGGAGAAGUGGUCCGCAUCUGCACAGGUGACAGGGUCACAUUCGUGCCAGAUGAGCCUCCCCCAGAUGAGUACCGGCACGACAUUUCCUUGGCCGGUGUGGACUAUGUGCUCUACUCCCACAGCUUCCUGCACUACGGACAGGAGGCAGCAGAGGAGGCAGCAGAAACGCUUGUGGCUCUUGUGUCUGCACAGCGGCAGCAGGCAGAGCACGCAGAGCAGAGACAGCAGCAGCGGGAGCAGCUUCAGCUGGGGCAGCAGCAGCAGCAGCAGCAUGCAGACACGUCGCUGCCUACCGAACUGGUGGUGAAGGGACACGGGCAAGUGCAAGGAAACAACACAGGGGCUGGAAAAGGGGAAAUCAGAGGCGAUGGGAAAGCAGGAGUGGGAGUGGUCGGGGGAAGAGAGCAGCAAGGAAAUGCGGCUGAUGGCAAGGCUGUGGCGGUAUCAGAGCCAGGUGGUUCAGCUGUUACAGCUGCUGCCGCUGGUUCUGGUGGUGCAGGUGCAGCAGCAGCAGCAGCAGCAGCAGGUGCAGCAGCAGAGGCGGUACGCAGACUGGGAUUGGAGAAGCAGUUAUGGCAUGGCAACCCGUGCAGACACCACCUGUUGCCGUUCCUCCUUACCGAACCUCCCACCUCCACCCCCUCCUCAAAACCCUCCUCUGUAGCACCAGCAGUAGGAACGGGAGCUACAGCAGCAGAAGCUGCGGCAGCAGAUGCAGCAGCAGCAGCAGCAGCAGGGGCAAUCGCAGCUGCAGGAAAGGAGUUGGCACUCUCUUCUCCACGUCUGCCCUUGCAACAACAGCAACAGCUGCAGCAGCAGCUGGGGCACCAGCUGGGGCACCAGCUGGGGCACCAUCGCUCUGCUAACUUCUCCCUCUGCAGGCACCUGGCCACUCGCCUCUUCACUCAUGGCCGCCCAGACAGUCAGCACACUCCCCCUGCGCCCUGCCCCUACACGCGGUGCCCCUUUGCGGGCGGGGUGUUUGUGCCAGAGCUACGAGGGCAGUUCUUUGCCACCGAAAACUUCUUUUACACCUCUGAGUUUCUGAAGCUCCCAGCAACAGCAACCCUGGCGGAGUUUGCGGCUGCAGGCACAAGGCACUGUGCCCAGGGCAUUCUCCCACCGCCCUCUCCUGCUCGUGUCAAACACACGCUGGAAGCACAAGGCGAUAGUCAACGCGGGGGGAUGGCUCUGGGUGAUGGUCAACGCGGCGAUGGUGCUGGUGCUGGGUCUGGUGGUGCUGCUGUGGGUGCUGUGGUGGCUGCGGCUGUUAAGCUGUCAAGAAAAGAGGGAUUGGGAAUGAGAGGAGGAGCGGGGAGAAAGAGGGAAGGGAAACCGGGGGAGGGUAAAAGGGGAGUGGGGGCGGGGGGUGGUGAGGAGGGAGGUGGGGUGGUGGUGAGUGAGGAGGAGGUGAAGGAGCAUGGCAAGUACUGUUUCUCGGCGUCCUACAUUGUGGCCUUUCUGCAUGAUGCUCUGGGGGUUUCCCUGCACGAUACCAAGGUUCGCUUCACCAACCGAGUGGGACCGCAUGACAUAGACUGGGCGCUUGGAGCAAUGCUCAUGGAUGUUAUCACGCGCCGCCCCAUUCCCUCCAAACCCGUCAAUCGCGGCAACGAGGCACGAGUCAAAGCCUCUGAUUCGUUACGAGCGGACGAGAGCAUAGGAACCAUCAUGGUUCUGCUUCUGGUCACGGCUCUGUUCCUGGUGGUCAUCACGUUGUUCGUUAUAAGCACAUAUUUCCGACCGAUCCCCAUCCCGACCACGAUUUUCGACCUGGAGAAGGGCCGCUACUUCACAGCUAGUUCGUUUGGGCAAGCAGGCAUGGGUCCCGUUGGUGGAUUGGGGAGGUCGUCUGUGUUAAGAAACGCACCUUAG